GAAAUGUUCAUUGGAUUCUCUCACGGACUUAGAAGAAAAAAAGGGGGCGGGGGUAAAAUAGGGGUAAUAGGUACCUAGAUACCUCUUACAUAGCUGCGAUAAGAUAAGAGAAAAAGCGAGAAUAUCGACUUUCACGUUUAACGCUUUUGCACUUUUGCACUUUUACACUUUUACACUUUUACCACGGCUAACAUUUUAUCUUACCAUGUUCUUUAAUACCCAUCACUUACAUUAGGUACUAGUAUUCAUGAGCGCGGCAUGGUUGGUUGCAACGCGGCCACGCUCUCUGGCACCAGGAUUGGCCUAUUGUAGCCUCUGCGCGCCAACCCAGACCCAGAGCCUACUGCUACCAUGGCAUACCUCACACCAUAAUAUCCUUGGGUUGCAGCGACGCCUGCUCUCUUCUCAGCCCCAACCCCGCCAUCUUCUUACACUUGCCAUUGAGUCCUCGUGCGAUGACACGUGCGUCACUGUGCUGGAGAAAACCCCGGGCGCGGGUCGAGGAGCGGCGCGCCUCCUUUUCGAUAAGAAGGUUACGUCGGAUAACCGCCAGUUCCGCGGCGUGCGCCCCGUGACUGCUGUUGCAUCGCAUACCCAGCACCUCGCGGGGCUGGUGCGAGAGGCUAUGCGUGCACUUCCUGACGCGGGAUCGGCAGAGGCAGGAAAUGAGACUACGGGAGAGAAUGCAGUCUGGGUUGAUGGCCGGCUGCGCAGAAAGCCUGAUUUCAUUACGGUCACACGCGGGCCGGGCAUGAUGUCGAAUUUAUCGACGGGCCUAAACACAGCUAAGGGGCUCGCAGUCGCCUGGGAUGUGCCAUUACUCGGUGUUCAUCAUAUGCAAGCCCACGCGCUGACGCCGCGGCUCGUCAGCGCUCUCGAGGCCAGGAAGCUGGGAGAAGAAGAGAAAGGAGGAUCGGAAUUAGCAUUGUCACCAACCUUCCCCUUCCUCUCCCUGCUAGUCUCGGGCGGGCACUCCCUCCUCGUGCUCUCCCGCUCCCUGACCGACCACGCCAUCCUUGCCGAGGCCCAGAACAUCGCCAUCGGGGACAUGCUCGACAAGUGCGCGCGGGACAUCAUCCCGGCGGCGGAGCUCGCCGCGGCCGACGGCGUCAUGUACGCGGCGCACCUGGAGCGCUUCGCCUUCCCCAACGGCCCGGACGACUUCACGCACUCGUACGUGCCGCCGGCGGCGCGCGCCGACGAGAUCAAGAUCCUGGACUCGGGCCGCGGCUGGAAGCUCACGCCGCCGCUGUCCGAGCGGGCCGACAUGUCGUUCGAGUUCGCGGGGCUCAACGGCCAGGUCAUCAAGGUGAUGAUGCAGCGGCCGGACAUGCCGCGCGAGGAGCGCCGCCUGGUCGCCCGGCACACCAUGCGCCUGGCUUUCGAGCACCUGGCGAGCCGGCUGCUGCUCGCGCUUUCUCGGCGCGGGAAGGUCGGCGAGGAGGAUGGCGCGCUGCUGCGCGGCGUGCGCACGCUGGUUGUGGCUGGCGGCGUCGCGAGCAAUCGCUACCUGAUGCAUAUCCUCCGCCGGAUACUGGAUGUCCGCGGUUACGGCCACAUCGAACUCGUCUGCCCGCCGCUGUCCUUGUGCACGGACAAUGGCGCCAUGAUAGCGUGGACUGGCAUGGAGAUGUACGAGGCGGGCUGGCGUAGCGAGUUGGACAUCCUGGCUAUCAAGAAGUGGCCGCUCGAUCCGGAUUCCGAGGAGGGCGGUAUCCUGGGAGUUCCAGGCUGGGAGAAUGUUGGGGAGACAAAGUCAUAAUACCCUUUUUUUAAAUUUUUUUUUUAAAAAAAAAGAAAGAAAGAAAGAAAGAAGUUUUAUGUAUGAUUGGGAGGAAAUAAAUAAUCUCGUACGACUACGGGUUUGUAUAUUUGUACAAUACUAUAUUGCAUAACAUGCACAGCACAGCACAGCAUAGCAUAGCAUAACAUACACCGGAGUUAGGCUAUCUAGGGAAAUCGAUACGAAUCUGAUUGUUGUAGAAAAGGGGCAG